AUGCCUUUCGAACGCUACCUCCAGCAGGACGACAACAACGGCGGCGACGCAGAAUGCGCCAAUCAAGAAUAUCUGCAGCCCGCACAUCCCUCUCUCUCCUACCACAAUGCACAACAUCACCCCUAUGCCCGUCCGAUCCAGUUCCAAAUGCCCCAGUUCAUGCUCGGCGGCCCACCGACCCUCGCUCCAGGCGGCGGCGCAGAGGUCCUUCCGCCUGGCUUUCUCAACGAGCCUGGAUCGAUGACAUCGGCCUGGCUCACAAACAGCGGCUUCACACCCAACGUCUCCCACGACGUCUUCUCUGCCCCUCUCAAGUACUAUGACCACUCCCAGAGCAAUGUCCUCUCCCCCCACUCCUCCGCUGCGCCUACCAGCUCCGCCGCACCUCUGCCUCCUGCACUCUCUUCCCACAGGCGCCUAUCGCUCACCGUGCCCUCCAGCUUCGAUCCCUACGCCCCCCAUGCGCUUUCUCCCCAAAGCCCUCUCCCCACACCCCCAUCCGGCUCCGUUCCGUUUUCUUUCAUGUCCCAUACCGGCUUCGCGCCCAAUUCAGCACAUUUCGGAGCCAUCCCCCCUCCGUCAGCUCCCUCCGCCCUCGGACUCCCGGUUUACUCCACCUCCGGCUUUGACCUCCUGUCCAUCCUCGCCCGCGUCGCAACGCGGCCAAACCCCAAAAUUGCCCUCGGCCCCGUCGAUUUGUCUUGCUCUUUUGUCGUCGUCGACGUCCGCCGGCAUGAUAGCCCCAUCGUUUAUGCUUCUCCAACGUUCUGCCGCCUCACGGGCUAUGCAGAGCACGAAGUCCUUGGUCGGAAUUGCCGUUUCUUGCAGGCCCCGGACGGUAAUGUCGCUCGAGGCGAGCAGCGGCGUCACACAGGCCCAGACGCCGUCGCCUACAUGCGCAAGAGUCUUGUCGCCGAUAAGGAGUGCCAGACGAGCAUGAUCAAUUAUAGGAAGGACGGCUCCGCCUUCAUCAAUCUUAUCACGGUCAUUCCCAUCACAGGGGGCGUCUCCGGCAGCUCCGAGGAGAGCGAGGACGUCGUUUUCCACGUGGGCUUCCAGGUCGAUCUCACCGAGCAGCCCAAAGCUAUCCUCCACAAGCUCAGGGAUGGAUCUUACAUCAAUCAGCCUUCUUUGGGCGCCCCACUGCAGCCUAGAGAACGCAGAAACAACGCGUUCGCGAUCAACGCCGUAUCUCAGGAUCUCAAAAUGCUAUUGGGCGACGAGCACUUUUUGAAGCUCGCAUCUCCGACGGUCGCGAAUGAGGACAAGUCUGAAUGGCACGAGGGAAAUCAGCCCCUCAGUCUUAUGCUCCUCGACGCAACGCCCGAUUUUCUCCUCGUUUUGUCCCUCAAGGGCUCAUUCCUCUACGUCGCGCCGUCCGUGCGCCGUGCGCUGGGUUUUGGUCCGGACGAUUUGGUAGGCAAGUCGGUUGCCGACUACUGCCACCCAUCGGACGUCGUGCCCCUCAUGCGGGAGCUCAAAGAGUCGUCGACGGCGAGCUCUGCGCCCGGAGAGGGCCAGCCGGGUCUCGCGAUGUUCACCAAUCUCACGGUCUCGCCCAAGUCGGUCAACCUCCUGUUCAGGGCCCACGCGCAGGACGGCAAGUACGUGUGGCUGGAGUGCAGGGGACGGUUGCACAUCGAGCCGGGCAAGGGGCGCAAGGCGAUCAUCCUCAGCGCACGCGCGCGAUCGAUGCCCUGCUUGGAAUGGACCGGUGUUCCCAGUACCGGACCCGGGCCUGGCUCGGGCGGCGGCGGCGCAACAGGGGAGGCCGGCGAGGUGUGGGGGAUGUUGAGCACGGGCGGUACAGUGCUAUUCAUGGGCGCGAGCGUGAAGGAAUUCAUUGGAUGGGGCGUAGGUGAGGCGAUCGGCAUGUCGGUGGGCGACUUCAUCGUGGGCGCGCGGCGGGACUUGGAAGCGGCGCUGCAGAGGGUGGCGGCGAGCACGAGCGGGAUGCCGGAGAGCGUGGUGUGCAGAGUGCGGAGGAAGGAUGGGGACGCUGUCGAUUUGACCGUUGUGCUCUAUCCGCCGCCGCCGCCUACCACGACUCAAGAGUUGGGCUACUCGCGCCUGCCGUCAAACCCGAUCGUCUGUCAGUUUAAAUACAUGGGCACCGAUGGGUUCGCGAUGAGCGAGGCACCGUCGUCCUCUCCGCCGCCGGGCACGAUGGGGAACGUGUUUGAAGAAUUGGGGACGUCGCGGAACAGCAGCUGGCAGUACGAGCUGCAGCAGCUGAAGAUCGCGAACCAGAGGCUGAUGACGGACAUCGAUGCACUGGAGACGACGGUGCAGUCGCAGGAGCAGCAGUUGGUGAGUUCGCAGCGCGCGAAUGAGCCCGUAUACUCCGUGCAUCCGCAACCGCACACGCUCCCGCACGCGCCUCCACUUCAAACUCAGGCACACCCGCACUCGCAUCUUCAGUAUCCGCAGACUGAUAUGUAUGCCCCACGUACGUCCCAUCAGGAUUGGGGUAGCAUGCAGCAGCAGCAGCAGCCUCCGAUGCAGCAUGAGAACCCGCUGAAGCGCCGGUGGGACGCCGUUCAGCAGGAUCACAUGCAAUGA